AUGAGCGAGGAGUACCAAUAUCAGGACGCAGAGUAUCAUUCCGAGAGCAUCUCUAUAUCAGAACUGAAGAACGGGGGGAUAUUAGCUGUGGACAUAGCAAAGCUGAUAGAAGCAGGGUUUACAACAGUCGAGUCGCUGGCAUUUGCUCCGAAGAGACAGCUUCUUUCGAUAAAGGGAUUUUCGGAUGUUAAGGUGGAUAAGCUAAUCAAGGAGGCUGCAAAACUGGUUCCAAUGGGGUUUACAACGGCAUCGGCAUAUCACCAGAGAAGGUCCGAGCUUGUUUACCUCACCACAGGAUCCUCGGAGGUCGACAAGUUACUGAAUGGUGGAUUUGAGUCUGGGAGCAUAACAGAGAUCUUUGGGGAGUUUCGGACAGGAAAGACGCAGCUCUGCCAUACUGUUGCUGUCACAUGCCAGCUUCCUCCAGAACAGGGAGGCGGAGGGGGAAAGGCUAUGUACAUAGACACCGAGGGAACAUUCCGAUCGGAGAGGCUCAUUCCAAUAGCAGAGAGAUUUGGAUUAGAUCCAGAUGAGGUCAUGGACAACAUAUCAUAUGCAAGAGCAUAUAAUUCCGACCAUCAAUCUCAACUUCUAAUCAAAGCAUCGGCAAUGAUGUCGGAGUCAAAGUAUUCGGUUCUUAUAAUUGAUUCUGCAACUGCUCUAUACAGAACAGACUUCAGUGGGAGAGGGGAGCUUGGGGCUAGGCAGCUGCACUUGGCAAAGUAUCUCCGAAGUCUUGUUAAUCUUGCAGAGACAUUCCGGGUUGCUGUCAUAAUCACCAAUCAGGUAGUGUCCAAUGUGGAUGGAGCUGUAGGGAUGUUUGCUGGAGACAUCAAGAAGCCUAUAGGGGGGAACAUUAUGGCACAUGCAAGCACAACAAGAUUGUAUCUGCGUAAGGGGAGAGGAGAAACAAGGAUAUGCAAGAUAUAUGAUUCGCCCUGUCUCCCCGAGUCCGAGGCAGUCUUUGCCAUCACCGAGCAGGGUAUCAACGACCCUGAUGAGUAA